AUGGAAACCUUCGGAGUGGCGCUGCCCGACAACGGUGUCUUUCAUGCCGUCAUGACUGGAAAGCCGUACAAGUAUGAGUGCUGGCUAAACGACUUCAACAGUGUCCCGGUCGUUGCUUACACCGUGACCCGAACCCUCAAGGUCCGCCAGUGGUGGUACUGCGAGACAAACUGUACUGGGUGCUCUACUAAAGACCCAGAUCACAUUUCCCUGCAGUGA